AAAUCAAUACCUAUUAAUCUAAUACAUGGUAGAACCUUCACAUGCUCCUACGGAGUCAAAAUCUGCUCCUGCAGAUUCUACGCCAGAAAAUCUAGACAAAACAUUAAAACGUCAACAAGCCAUAGCCAACGACUUCAGCGAUGACACCGUAGAAAAAGACAAGUCCGCCAUUAACUUCACCAAAGGUGACCAAUUCAAAUUCUACCCUGACAACCCCGAAUCGCAUAGACAUAAAUACAAAUGGAGCAUGAAGGAGCCCAGCAAAUUCUAUGAUCCUUGCGAAGAAAGUCGUAUGGCCAGUAUGAACUGUUUAUGGCGGAAUCAGGAUGACAAGUAUGCCUGUCAGGAGUUCUUUGACGCUUAUCGUGAGUGCAAGAAGGAUUUCUUUGCCAAGAAGAAAAAAGACAGAUUGCAGGGGAAACACGGCUGGGGAUUUUGGGAUUAGCCGUGGCCCCAGCGGGAGUAUACGAUGUUUCUGUAUAUAUAUAUAAAUAACCAAUACACGUAUGUAUUUAUUCAAGAGUUUACUUAAUGCGUGUUUUACUUGCUGUAGACAAAGUAUAUACCAAAACCAGACUAAAUACUAUACCAUUCCACACACAGGAUUCCCCUUGUUUACAAACUUGCUACUUCCCACCAACUUGGUUUCAAUCAGGUCGUCAUUCUCAACAUAUCCCAGUCUGGUAUUAAACGACCGUGAGUUCGCCGGAACAGGCAAUGUCAGCUCUUCGCUAUUAAAUACCUCGAAAUCAUCAUACACGUACGUGUUCCUGCUUCCGUAAUCCGUAAGCGUCACGGGCGAGUGCCGCGUCAUUAUUAUAUUCGUCAUAUAUUUGGCCCCAGGUUCGCGGUAGUACAUGUUAGGCACAGUAUUAUGAACUUCAAUCUGGCCCAUUUUCCGGUCAAUCGAUCCAAGCAAAGUCGCUACCGGUGGCGGUGUUGUAUCUCGCUCUUUCAUUUGUCGUUGGUGUUCAUCGCGAAAGAUGGAAUUGUAGACAUUCUUGUACUUGUUGAUAUACUCAACACGAUCUUCCAGCGAUACAUCAACAUGGUCAAAUAUAAACAAGAUGUAUUCAUCCAACAACUUCGACAAGUCGACUUUAAUCACAAACAACACAUAGUUUAAUUGCACAUUCAACAACGUGCUUGAAUCAUUACUGGUAAUCACUUCACAUAACCUAUGAGCCAAACUUCUAUCCCAAUCUUCAAGAAACCCAUCGCGGUACUUGCCCUGUUUUCUCAGCAGCUGUUCAUCCAAAAAUGGAAUCAGGGAAUUGUUGCGACUGUUGAUAAAACCAAAGUCUUUGGUCAAUUGGAACAAGUUCGCCUUAAACUGUUUCGUCAAAUGUAAUGCUUCGCUCUUCUGUUCCUUCUUGGCUCGGAUGGUCCUAAAGUGUUUAAGAUUAUCUUCUAAUUCAUGCAAAAAACUAAUAAAAUAAUUUUCCUUGAAUUGGAUAAACGGCAGCAUCUUCAUCCAUUCACCAAGCUGUAAUCUGACUCGAUUCGACCGUUCC